UUGCAAAGCAGCGGGAGGAAGACAAGCGGUCGUCAGGCUCAGCCGCAGCCCCACUCGUCCCACACUCGAGUGUGUGGAGCAUCCGUGAUUCCCCGCGGCGUAAUCAUAAUAUCAUCCUCACUCUCACACACCGCGAUGAUAUCUGGGAACCGUCGAGGCGCAGUCAUGGCUCUGCCUGUGGUGAUAUUUGGAGCCCUGAUGCUGCACACCGUCUCCACGCAAAACGAGCCAUCAAUCGCUGCCUCUGAACACACUUCCCUUCCCGUGGAAGGCCACAGCGCCCCUUUCGCUCUUCAAUGCAACCUGACCAGCAGUGACAAUCCCCUCCUGGAGAGCUACUGGAUGAAAAACGGGGAGGAGAUCCCAGAAACUCGCAGCCUAAAUAGGAAUACCGAGUACAAGCUGAGCAAACCAAGAGGAGAUGAUGCCGGGGUGUACAUGUGCGUCUUCACCUUUGGGAUAUCCCCCGCCGCCAACACGACCAUUGAAGUCAAAGCCGCCCCUGAGAUUACAGGCCACAAACGGAGUGAGAACAGGAACGAGGGUCAGCGUGCUCUGCUUUAUUGUAAAUCGGUGGGCUACCCUCAUCCCACUUGGACCUGGCGCAAACUUGACAACGGCAUUUAUAGGGAAAUUGACAACUCAUCUGGCCGAUUCUUCAUCAGCAGCAAAGACAAUUACACUGAGCUCACCAUUGCCAACCUGGACAUUAACUUGGACCCAGGCGAGUACCAGUGCAACGCCACCAACUUAAUGGGCAGCAGCGAUGAGAGCUCCGUGCUGAGAGUCCGCAGCCAUUUGGCCCCCUUAUGGCCUCUUCUGGGGGUUUUGGCCGAGAUCAUCAUCCUGGUUGUCAUCAUUGUUGUCUAUGAGAAACGUAAGAAGCCUGAGGAUUUACAAGACGAUGAUGACCCAGCUGGACCAGUGAAAACCAAUUCCACCAACAACCACAAAGACAAGAACCUGCGCCAGAGGAAUACAAAUUGAGCUGCCUGUUUGCAGAGGCACAUUAUGCUUAUUGACCACAAGAAGGUAAAGAAGAAUGGAAUCCACGCCAGUUACUAGAAUGGAUCCGCCAUUGAACGUGUGCUUGUGAGGGAAUUUGAAUGAGGCAUGCCUUAUGAUUUUAUUGCAACAAGCUCUAAUCAAUAUGCCAUUGAUAACACAACUAUUGUUACUGCAUGCAGUUGUUGACGUGUAUGAUUUUUCCCGCCCCCGCCCUCCUCGUUUGCUACUUUUACGACUUUUAAAAUAAUGGCAUGCAAGAUAUUGACCCUCUGAGAAAAGGAUUUUUUUUGUGUUCUCUCAGAGUGGCUUCAUGU